AUGACUGAAAGAACAAGAUAUCGCAAGUACAGUGAUGAUACAAGAAAAAUAAUAAUUGAAACACACGAAAGUUUUGGAGAUUGGAAGUCUCUAUGUUCUUCUCUUGGAGUGCAUUGGAGAACAGCUUAUCAGUGGAUUCUAAAUAAAGAUAAUGAAAGACGUCCAAAAGGAGGUAAACGACAUUCAAAAAAAAGUCAAAUAAUUGUAAAUGAAUUAAUCAGUUGGAUUGAAGCUGAUCCUCAGAUCACUUUGAAAGAAUGUGCGGAGAAAAUACAAAAUAAUCAUUCAAUAUCUGUGUCUGUUACAACAGUGAAAAAUUGGCUUGAUGGGGAAUUGAUUUCUCUCAACACCUGUCGACCUAUAGUGGCCAAUGUCAAUUCUCUUGAAAAUAAAGAAAAAAGAAUACAUUAUUUGGAUUGCUUGUCUAAAGCAAAAUCGACUGGAAGAACUUUAAUUUGGAUCGAUGAAUCCAAUUAUAAUUUAUAUUGUACGAGAAAAGAAGGUCGAUCAAAAAUAGGAUCUCGUUCUUUGGUUUUGACUCCAAAUUCGAGAGUCACUAACUUAUAUUGUAUAAGUGCAAUGUCUGCUUCAACAUUGCUUAAUUUUCAAUGCAAAAGAGGUUCUUACAGAGAAGAAGAUUAUAAAGAAUGGAUGAAAGAAUUAAUUAAUGAAUGUAGGUAUUUAUCCGUACAAAAUCCUACUUUUAUAACUGACAAUGCUCAUGUUCACAAUCAAUUGGAAUCAGUUGUGGAGCAGGAAGAAAAUAUUGAACUUUUACGAUUGCCUCCAUAUUCCUACUUAUUAAACCCAAUUGAAUUAGCCUGGAGUAUUUUCAAAGCAGAAGUAAAAAAAAUGCUAAGAGAAAAGAUGCCAAUAAUUCUCAAAUAUAACAAAACUUCGGAUGGUCCUUCAAUUUCUGAAUAUAGGCUGAAAAUAUUGGAAGAAAUAGUGGGAGAAGCAAAAAAGGUUUUGACACCAGAAAAAUUGAUGGGAUUUGUUAACCAGGUUGAAGAAUAUUAUCCCAGAGUUACUCGUGGUGAAGACCUUUUUGAUUGUUAA